CGCACUGAGCAUGUGCGCUGCAUCCCUUCCCCUCCUCCUCCUCGGGUACCAGCCCGGCGACGAGGUGCAGUGAGCUCAGCAGCGCCUUCCAGUCCAGCCCAGGAAAGGGCUGAGCCGGAGCCCUGCCGCCCCGGCUCGGGGGGAGUGAGCCGGGGAGCCCCAUGCACACAGACUGCCCAGGCAGUAGCCAUGCACUCAGGCGUGGAGUUAAAGAGAGCCAUCUCUGCCAGCAUGGAGACAGAGAAACCAAUGAGACGCUACGGGGCAGUGGAGGAGACUGAGUGGAAAGCUGAGGGGCUGGGGAGAAAUCAACUUGACAUCAUCUCAAUGGCUGAAACAACAAUGAUGCCUGAGGAAAUUGAAUUGGAGAUGGCAAAGAUCCAGAGGCUUCGGGAAGUCUUAGUCAGAAGAGAAUCAGAGCUCAGGUUUAUGAUGGAUGACAUCCAGCUGUGCAAGGACAUCAUGAACCUUAAACAGGAGCUGCAGAAUUUAGUAGCAAUUCCAGAAAAAGAAAAAACAAAAAUGCAGAAACAAAGAGAGGACGAAUUGAUUCAGAAGAUCCAUAAACUGGUGCAAAAAAGAGAUUUUCUUGUAGAUGAUGCAGAGGUGGAGAGAUUAAGAGAGCAAGAGGAAGACAAGGAGAUGGCUGAAUUCCUGCGGAUCAAAUUAAAACCCUUAGACAAAGUAACACGAUCGCCUGCCAGUACCCCAGCAGAAAAGAAGGCAGAACCUCCUCCAAGCAAGCCCACCGUCGCCAAAGCAGGAAUAGCUAUUAUUAAAGAUUGUUGUGGGGCCACGCAAUGCAACAUCAUGUAGCUCCAGUCUCUCUACCAAUUCUGUCUUUUUUUCAAAUGUUUUCAUUGGAUAAAACAGUAGGGUGAAAGGAUUUUAAAGCAUCCUGAUAGUUGAAUCAAGAAAUACUGUAAACAUUACAGUAAUGUACUGAAUGUACCAAUGGUGAAUCCUUCACUGUUGCAUGGAUCACGCAAUGCGCAUGCUUAAAAUAAAGGAAUAUAUAUAUAGCAGCUGUCCAAUGACCAGAACAGAUAGGUAAAAAUAGCUGAAAAGACAAAUACAACUCUGUGGCAAAAGUGAAUUAGAAAAGUGUAUAUUUUACCAAAUAAUGUUUAAAAUAGCGGUUUUAAAAAUUCAGCACUUGGUAGGAUUUGUUAUACACCUUUUUUCCCUUGGCAAAUUUCAUUCAAACACAUGCCAAGGUCUGAAUAUAAAAAUGUCCUGUCUUGGCUAUUUUUCAGAAUGAAACCUUAGGGUAGCGAUACUGUAUAUAGUGCAACCAAUAGAUGAAGCAAAUUUAGUACAACUGGUGUUGCAUACAAAAUAUUUAUUGAACUAGUACAACAUUUGACUACUUUGCUGUGUAGUUUCAUUUCCAGUUCUUCACAGGGAACAGAUAAGAACAACAAAGAUCCUGCUCAUUGGCUUGUAUUUUAUUAUGGCAUUUCAGUGACCCUGUGGUCAAAUGUCCUAUGUGGCUUUUAAACAACCCAAUUCAAAUGGAGAUUACCUGUCCAUUUGGAAAUUGGUUUCUGCUAAAUUCUUAGCAGGCACAGCUAUAGUUUUUGGUGUAAAUUCAAACAUUGCAUCGUUUAUUUGCUUGCAAGCCCUCCGCCUUGCAGAGAUGCAAUAAUACUGAGAGUGCAGUCAACUAUUAAAACCACAACUAAAUGCACUAUGAGAUUAUGUAUCACAAGCUCAAUAGGUUGCUGUCCACAAGGGGAGAAAAACAUGACGGCAGCAGGAUCAUUUAACUUAUGAAGGAGGGUGCUGAAAAGGGCUAUUAAUCAGAUUCUUAACGGCCAUGAGAAACAUUAGCUGCCAAGUAUUAUAAAAAGACAAUACAUCCCCAAAUUCUGUCCUCAAGAUUAAAAAUAAUAAACAUAAAAGGUGAAGUUUUGGGUACUAAAAAGAUAGCAAUACAUAAAACAGUGGUUUCAAAACUAAGGGAAAAACAAUUAGGUCUGAUACAUUGAUGUUUCACGUUUCUAUUGGUAUGCAGAUGAACAUGUGUAAAAUAUAGUUGUCCCUUUACUAGCUGUCAGUAAGAUGGUGCAUCUGUGUGACUAGUAUACCAUAUUAUAGGUGUAUGUUGUGAUGGGUGUAAGUAGUUAAAUGAAGAUGUUCUGAUGUGAAAACAUUGGGGUUUAAAAAAGAUAAUGGAAUGUUCCUAAAAGAAAAAAGUUUUUCAAGCUGAACAACCGUUUCUUAAUACUGGAUAAGCAAAACAUUACAUAUAAACCCACAGGAAAUAAUAGUUACAGCAGGGGAAGCCAAUCAAAAUAUCAGUGAGUUACGUAACUAAAGGUAGAUGUUAAACAUUUCUGAAAGAGCUGAAGCAGUGUCUAGUUCAGAUUCAGAGAUCUAAACAAUCAAAAUAGUAUAAAAACCAAACUGCCUGAGCUGUAUUGGUCCAAUAUGUAGCAUUUACAUCUCCAAACAAACCUGUUUCACUGUCACAGACUCUUUUCAAGAACCAUACUACAAGAAGACUAAAGAGGAGCAGGCCUAAGAAACAAAGAACAUAUGUUACUUCAAAAUGUACCUUAGGGAUCAGAAAUAAGGGAGGAAAAAAUAUUAAAGUUUUCCUCGAGACACCAGCAGCACUUUAAAUAUUUUAAUCAAAAUACUAUAUGGAUGUGCAUCUGUGCUGACAUAUACCUUCAAAUUCACCUCUGGAGCUGUCAGAAUUUGGUGUAUCCAGAUUUGAGUCAGGUUGGUUGCAGGGUCAGUACAAAAUGUGCAUCAAAGCAGAGAAUUGUUUAUAAUCUGAAUAAACUUUAAGGAAAAUGCACAUGAAAAAAAACCAGUCAGACUGUGGACAAUCAAAUAACCCCCCUGAAGUUUCUGAUACCUUCUCAUUGCUUUGGACCAGUCCCUCAUUCUCUAUCAUGUGCAGUGUCUUAACAGAAAUAUUGGAUGGUUAUAGUAUAUUAUAUAUAUUAUUAACAGGGGUGAGGAAGAAGGUAAGUAAUGUUAGGAGUGGAACUUGCUCAAGAAGUGUCAAAUUUAAGGUCUGAGAGAGGAAUCAGCUAUUUCAUACACCUCUUUGUGUAUACUGGUGAAUCAGGAAAGCUGGGUGUCCUGAAUAAUAUGCUAAUCACAAGGCUGCAACUGAUAGAGGGAGAGAGAUGACUUGGAGAUGCGGGAUGGGGGGGUGUUAGUAGGAGUAUUUAGACUUUCUAGUAGAUGACUGUCCCUGGUCAAGAUAGGAGAGAUUGCUGGGGAUUCACAUCUAGGAAGGUCAGAUUCUCUUGAGGGAUGGGGAGAAAUCAGCAGGAUUUUCCAGAUGGGAGGUAGGCCUGGACAGCAAAUUCAAUUAAAAGAGAGCCCCAAGACAGACCUUUGUGCGAUUGGGCAUUCGUGAUUGGGGUACAUCUCCACAGUAGUGGCAGUAAAACACCUUAUCACAAUUAAAUUAAAAAGAACAAGCACAGUGAAGAGAGCUAAGCAUCUAUGAACAUGGUUGUAAUCAGGCAUUUGCAAUUUGUGUCUUGAGGGAACAGAACUAAAGUAUCAGUAAUGAAAGUGAUCCUUUCAUUUUCAGAAUUUACAAAUCAGAUCAGUUGGAAGGUCUGGUUUAUCAGUGAAGUCUUAGUUUUAUCUACUUUUUUAUCACGUGGGUUGAGUAAGGCAUAGAAGUUGAGUGACUUGUCCAGUGUUAAUCAGUGGCUCAUUUAGAAGUAGAAUCAAGGAUCCUGAGGGCCACAAGUCUUGCAAUGAAUUACUAGAUGGUGCAUAGUUAGAGUUAAGCUGUGAAAAAUCUGCUCCCCCUGAAGUCAGUGGAGAUUUCACCUUUGGACUACAAUCCAAGCAGAUUUAGGCUUGGAUGCUUGUGCAAAUACCACCCAUUUUCUUUGAAAACUGGACUCAUACAGUAUAUAUUUCAAGUGAGGGUUCAUAGCCAUUUAGCUCCUCAAAGUUAGUAAGAGUCAUGUGGCUAAAACCCAUCGCACAAUAUCUUGGAAACAUACUUUCUUCCAUGACUACAGCUUUUUAAAAGAUACUUAGCUGAAAUUUUCAAAAGCGAUUAAUGAUUUUAGAUGCCUCAGUUUUGGGGGGCCCCAACUUGAGACAUUUAACAGAGCCUGGUUGGUUGGUAAUUUCUGAAAAUCAUGUUGCUUAAGAUGUGCCAAGUUGGGCACCCAAAAUCAUUAGUCACUUCUGAAAACCAUGGCCAUUUAUUACCAUUUGUAUCAAGUUAAAUACCAACGCAUCAGAAAAUCAUAGAAGUUCAAGAGAGAAAAGACAUGUUAAAACAUCAAGUAUAUCUGUCUAGGGACAAUUGCUCCCUACAGCUACACUAGGUUACAUUUUGUGAAGGAUUUUUCAGUCCCAAAACCCCACUGAAAAUGAUGAAACUCUACAGCAAAGUAGAGAUAAAUGCGUUUCCAAAUAAACUAAGAUGUAGUGUUAUCUAAAACAUUUGUUACUUUUCUUCAAGCUACCAAGAGCAAUGAGUGGUUGUGAACUAGAGUAGGAUGUACAUGUCUUGUGCACAAUCUCCUUUCAGAAAAGUUAGGUUAGCUUUGUGCAAAAAAAGAAUAAUUUUAUAACUUCAUAUAGUUUGUGAAAGAAAUCUGAAGGGCUCUAUUCCAAUGAAAAAAUGCACAAUCUCCCACAGAUUACACUCCAUAGAAAUCAGUAAAAAGGAGCCACUUCCAUGACUUUUCCCCUCAACUAGCACUGCAGAAGUAUAAUUUGCCAUGUCCCAGAAAGAUGCAGAAACCAACACAAUUCCCAGCCCUGUGUUCAACCUCAGUCAUUUGCAAGGUGAGGUGGAGAAGGGGACAAGGGCGGUAAAGCCCUCAGUGUCCAGCGGUACCAUGCCAAGAUUUAUUUUUUAUAUAGUAUAUGACAUUGGCCCAACAGCAAAUCAUUGGCUCUUCCUGAAUCAGAGAGAUGGUUUAAUAGCAGCCAGGGGAAGGGGUAAAGUCCAUCAGAGGCUGCAACAGUCUACACUGACUGGUGUUUUCAUUAGGGAAUUACAUUACCAGUUCUACCUGCAGUCCAUUGCUGUGUGUUCUCAAGAUCCAGCUAUAUAGUGGUCCUAAAACGACAUACCAUGGUGGACCGCAGAUAACACGUGGGGAAGGAGGAAUGAUGAUGAGGUCAAGGGGUAUUGUUAGAGGAUCCUGCUGCUUUUUCUAUAUUAUUACCACCAUUGUUUUUCCAGCUGUAGGAAUCACAGCAAAAUGGUAUGUGCUAAUGAAUUAAGUGUUUAGUUUAUUUUACUCCCAUGUUUGGAGUAAUAGUGUUCCAGAAUUUGUAAGAAAUAUCUAACAAUAACUGAUUUUAUUAUCAGAUUAAUUCAACUCAUUUUAACUGAAUAUAUAGGAACAGGAGAUCAGAAAGAUGCAAAGAUAAAGAGAGAGACAUUUUCCCCCAAAUUACAAUGAACCAAUUCAAUCCAACUCCAGAGAAACUUCUCCUACACAACUCUCCUUGUAGGCUGGAAGUGACAAUAAUAUACUAAACCAAUAUAUAUUGGAUAUGUACGAUACAUAUUAAAUAGAUUACACCAUCCAAACACUUGCCUUGGCUAAUCCUACUAGGAGAACAAGACGUUAACUAGGAGCUACUGGUAACUGACACAGUUAACCCUUUCAUAGGUGUCACCCUUAACAGAAGGGUAUUAAUUUUUUUACACAUGAAUACUUUUAGGCCAUCAUCCAAACCCACACAAUUACAUCCUGAACAGCAGUGUAUGCAAAAGAGGAAAGUUAUGGAAUAGCUGUAUCUUUUUGUGGUAAAUGGAGCCCUAUGUGUUUUAUUUGGUUGGUGCUCAAAAGUUUAUAUACGAUUGUCAAGCUUUGUUCACACUUCAUAUUUUCCCAAAUGGACUUAAAAGCCUUUCUGCAAUCAGUUAAAUGGACACAGUCAGUGAGAUGUUUCUUUCCUAUUUUCCCAAUAUGUUAUCCGGUUUGAUCCUGAGCCAUGUUGCUUGGAGUAAAAAAAAAAAAAAUUAACAUUGUUUUGAACUAAUAAAGUGUAGAACGACUGGGUUACUUGAUAGGUUGAAUUUUGAAUGGAAAGGUGUUUUUUUCAUCCUACGAACACAUAUGUUUGUUUUGUAUUAAUUGCAACUUUGUGUCCUGACUCUAUAACUGACUUGUGCGUGAUCUUCAGUGGGAGUUUCAUGUAUAGAGAAGCUACAGAAUUAGGCUUAUGGGAAGUGAGGUCCCAUAGGGAAGGGCUGUUUUUUAGCUAUUCAUCCUUUACUCUGUAAUGAGUAAUGUGGAAUCAUAACUCUAAAUCCAAACACCUUGAGAUCUAGUGGAAUUUAGAUCUACCUCUGAAAUUCACAGAUGGCUCUUUCCUGUAUAGUUGGCCAAACCAAAAUCCUGAAUCAAAUUUGCUCCUGAAAUUUGAAGAAGUUAGCUUCAUAUCCAGAAUUCACUUCUGGGCCUUUCUUUACAACACACAGGGCUGAAUCAAAUCUCUGGAUCUGAACACACCCACAUAUCAGGGAAAUUUAGAUCUGCAUUCCAACAUUCAACUCAAAAAUUAGGCUAACCAGAGAAUGAUUAUUUAUCGCAGGUAGGGAAUGUGUAGCUUCUAAAAAUGUCACAGACUUCGUUUAAGGGAAAUGGGGUUGAGUGUGUAAGUGUUGGGGUGUUUUGCUAUCCAAUUAAUGUGUAUUUCUAAGCAGGACUCUACUGAGUCUUGCAUCAAAACAUGAAUCCACAUUACUGCUAUUUAUUAAGUAACAAAAAUGAACAAACUGGACAAUCUAUAGUCAUCAGUAAGGAAUAUUCAGAGAAGUGUGAACAAACCAAUUGUUCUAUGUAAUGUUGUCCACCUACUGUAAUGUUUAUGUCUCUCUCUAUAUCUACAUUACAGCUGAAUUUUUUCUUGGUGCUCCUGCCUAUGAAAUAAAUAUUUGUUUGUGCUUGCAAGUCAGCUCUAACGUUUAUAUGACAACAAGAAUGUUGCUAUAAAAACAAUUAUGAACACAA